AUGGGUAAGAGCAGCAAGGAUAAGCGGGACCUGUACUACCGCAAGGCGAAGGAACAAGGCUUCAGGGCGCGGUCGGCGUUCAAGCUGUUGCAGUUGAACGAUGAGUUCCAUUUCUUGGACGGAGUGCAACGCGUGGUGGAUCUGUGUGCAGCGCCCGGGUCCUGGUCGCAGGUGCUGUCGCGGGAGCUGUUUCCGGACGGGAAGAACACGAAAAAGCGCAUUGUUGCGGUCGACCUGCAGCCCAUGUCGCGGAUAGAACAUGUCACGACGUUGCAGGCUGACAUCACACACCCGCGGACGCUGACCAAGAUUAUCGAACUGUUUAAGGGCGAGAAGGCGGACUUUGUGUGCAGCGACGGCGCACCCGAUGUGACCGGGCUGCACGACCUGGAUGAGUACGUGCAGCAGCAGCUGAUCCUGAGUGCCUUGAAAUUGACGGUGUCCCUGCUCGCCCCCGGUGGUUGUUUCGUGGCCAAGAUUUUCCGCGGGCGCGACAUUGACAUGCUCUACUCGCAGCUGGGCCUCCUAUUCGACAAAGUGACAUGCGCCAAGCCGCGGUCGUCACGAGGCACCUCACUGGAAAGCUUCAUAGUAUGCCAAGGAUACACUCCCCCACUGUCCUGGGCCCCCAAUAUAGAAAAGAAUGUAUCUGUCGAGGAAUUUUUUGAGGAGUUUUUCCAGAACUGGUCGAUUCAACAACCGCUUACGCCGGGCCGGCCGCUGCCAAUGUACUCGGAAGGCCAUCGCGGCAUAGCGCCGUUCAUUUCCUGUGGGGGCCUGGACUCCUUUGACAGCGAUGCGACGUACCACGACCUGCCCAAGAGCGCGACCGCCCUGGAUCCCGUACAGUCACCCACGAAUCCGCCAUAUAAACGGGCACUCGAGCUGAAACGUAGCGGGAAACUUGGUAGGUCUGUAUGA